UUGAAAUCCUGGCAGAGGUUUCCAUUUGCUGUUAACGUACCUGCUUUGCUUAAUGUUCUCUGAUACCCGCAUAAGCCUUUCAUUCAGCCCUGUAAAACCGGUGUAUUCCAUUACGCAUUACCAUUCGAGACAAGUUAACUAACAAUUAUCUCGAUUUACCAAGGGCAAGAAUAUUCUCAAUACUGCGAUGGCCCACAAUCCACAGUUUAUUGAACAGGAGUGCACAUGCCUGUCUGUUGAUUUAAGCCCAUUUCCAAAGUUAUAUCGCCCAGAAAAUAUCCGGUUGUAUAAAUUAUUUGAGCGGGAAGGAUACGAACUGCGCAUUGCAGGUGCAGGAGUCUGUGACUUACUUUUGGAUGUUGAACCGGAUCGCAUCGAAUACGCAGUGUAUGCCAGCCCGAACCAGUUAAAGGAGAUGUGCCAAAAAUAUGACAUUCGGAUUUUCAGUCGAAGAGACGAGAUUUUCGACCAGUUUGCCCUCGUACUUGAUAAUAAGUUCAAUUUUUGCAUAACAACUGUUCGAAAUGACGCGGCACCCAGCAGAUCGACUGGCAUGGACGUAUGCAACAGUGUUUGGAAGCGGAACGCAGCCAAAAGGGAAUUCACAGUGACUGCCAUGUUUAUCAGUCUGGAUCUAUCUACUUUACCAGAUAAUUCAGGAAGUACAUCUCCGCAUUGCGUUUCCCGUGAGCCCUCAGCAAAUCAGCGUGCUACAAGCGUGUUUAAAGGAUGUGUUUACGACUACUAUGGUGGAUUGCAAGACGUGCAAAAUAGGCGGAUCCGGUUUGUCGGUGACCCAUCUAUCCGCAUGCGUGAAAGCCCCAUAAAGAUUCUCAGAUACUUCCUCUUCCAUGGACAUGUUACCAGGCCAGCAGAAUGGGACGUUCACGAUCCUGAAAUAUUGAAGGCAGUAGUCGAGAAUGUUGCGGCGCUCGAUGAUGUCCCAGGUGACCUAUGUUGGAAUGAAUUGAAGCGGAUACUGCAUUGCCAUUCCGCCCCACUGCUGUUUCUUCGGAUGUCACACCUAGGCAUUUUACCGUACCUCGGUUUUCAAUGGGUUCCCGAUUUCCCCCAAAUGGACUCCGCAUGGGCGCGGGGAAUCCUGCGCCCUGCUCCUGACCCCGCUACCUGCUUGGCCACGCUUGUUUCCAAUCUCGAGCAGGUAGGUUCUAUGUUCCGCCAUCGAAGUGUUCCUCCACUUGUUCCUUCUGCACCUUAUUGUAACGUGACUGUUGGUAGGGAAUACUGA